UAUCUGUCUUGUUCUCCUGUCUCCAGAAGGACUGGACAUCCAUCCGCGCCACCCAUUUCCUGUCGUGUUUCCUGUCCUCCUUCGGCGGCGGUUUGCGUUCCACACGUUCUGAAGAUGCCGCUGUCACGGUCGCUGUCCAUGACAUCUCUAAGUGGCGUGCUGCCAGCUUGGGAGGAAGAUGAGCUACCCGUGGAGGACCUGCUGCUCUUUGAGGUGGCCUGGGAAGUCACCAAUAAAGUGGGAGGAAUCUACACUGUGAUCCAGACCAAGGCUAAAGUCACUGUGGACGAAUGGGGGGAGAACUAUUUCAUGUUGGGGCCGUACUUUGAGCACAACUUUAAGACACAGGUGGAGGCCUGUGACCCGCCGAUUCCCAGCAUCCGGAAGGCCAUGGAUGCUCUGAUCCACAAUGGCUGCCAGGUUUAUUUUGGCCGCUGGCUAAUCGAGGGUAGUCCCUAUGUGAUCCUGUUUGACAUUGGCUCCGCGGCCUGGAACUUGGACCGUUGGAAGGGGGACUUGUGGGAGACCUGCAACAUUGGUCUUCCGUACCAAGACAGAGAAGCCAACGACUCGCUCAUCCUGGGCUCUCUGAUUGCCUGGUUCUUCAAAGAGUUAACAGACCAGCUCGGAGACAAGCCGAAUGUCAUCGCUCACUUCCAUGAGUGGCAGGCAGGUCCAGGGCUCAUUCUCUCACGCUCUCGUAAGAUCCCCAUGGCAACGGUUUUCACUACCCACGCCACUCUUCUGGGCCGCUACCUCUGCGCAGGGAACGUUGACUUCUACAACAACCUAGACAAGUUCAACAUUGACAAGGAAGCUGGUGAACGCCAGAUCUACCAUCGCUACUGCCUGGAGAGAGCCGCUGUCCACUGUUCUCACGUCUUCACCACCGUUUCCCAGAUCACUGCUGUGGAGGCCAAUCACAUCCUGCACAGGAAGCCAGAUACGGUGACCCCCAAUGGGCUGAAUGUGAAAAAGUUCUCUGCCAUGCAUGAGUUCCAGAACCUACACUCCAUCAACAAAGCUCGCAUCCAGGAGUUUGUCAGAGGACACUUCUACGGACAUCUGGACUUCAACCUGGAGAAAACCUUAUUCUUCUUCAUAGCCGGACGCUAUGAGUUCUCCAACAAGGGUGCUGAUAUUUUCCUUGAGUCGCUUUCCAGGCUGAACUACCUACUGAGGGUCCACAGAAACGAUCUGACGGUGGUCGUUUUCUUUAUCAUGCCAGCGAAAACCAACAACUUUAAUGUGGAGUCCCUGAAGGGGCAAGCUAUACGCAAACAGCUGUGGGACACCGCCCACACUGUGAAAGAGAAAUUUGGGAAACGCCUCUAUGAUGCUUUGUUAAAAGGUCAGAUCCCUGAUAUGAACUCCAUUCUGGACCGAGAUGACCUGACUAUAAUGAAGAGAGCCAUCUAUGCCACACAGAGACACAGCCUCCCUCCGGUGACAACCCACAACAUGCUGGACGACUCAACAGAUCCCAUUCUGAGUAACAUCCGACGCGUUGGCCUCUUCAAUUCCAGGAAUGACCGCAUCAAGGUUAUCUUCCAUCCUGAGUUCUUGUCCUCUACUAGUCCCCUGUUGCCCAUGGACUACGAGGACUUUGUCCGUGGCUGCAACCUCGGAGUAUUCCCUUCUUACUAUGAGCCUUGGGGAUACACACCAGGCGAGUGCACGGUUAUGGGCAUUCCCAGUGUAACCACCAAUCUUUCUGGUUUUGGCUGCUUCAUGGAGGAGCAUGUAUCGGACCCUGCUGCCUAUGGUAUUUACAUCGUGGACCGGCGGUUCCGUUCUGCGGAGGAGUCCUGUAACCAGUUGACUCAGUUCAUGUUCAAUUUCUGCCAACAGUCACGUCGUCAGCGCAUCAUCCAACGCAACAGAGCUGAGAGGUUAUCCGACUUGUUGGACUGGAGAUACCUGGGACGGUUCUAUGUACAUGCACGCCACCUUGCACUCAGCAGAGCUUUCCCUGACAAGUUUAAAGUGGACCCAUUGGCCCCUCUGAAGACGGAGGGUUUCCGCUAUCCCCGACCUUACUCGGUGCCCCCCUCUCCCUCGGCUUCCGUCCACUCCACGCCCCAUCACAGUGAUGCGGAGGAUGAUGACGACGAGCCCUACGAUGAAGACGAGGAGGCCGAAAGGGACCGACUGAACAUAAAGGCUCCUUUUGUCCUCGGUGCUGCGCCAGAGGGCAAGAAGAAGCAACCAGGUGAAUCAGGAAACUGACACGCUGCCUACCCGCGUCACAGAAAUAACAUAAAGUGGGUGAGAUUAGACUUUUUCAUUUUUUAUUACGUUGCAGAUGACUUACGUCAGGGGUGUUCAAACGUAUACAGACAAAUUCUAGGAUGCUGGGGACACUUUUAAUUGAUAUUUUGUACAUUAAACAUUAAAACCAUUCCAGUGUAGGUAGGUCAAUAUAUUAUAUUACAUCGAUAAGCUCAUCUUUACCGGCAAAUCCCAAAAGUAUUAGGAAAUAUAAAUGCAUUUUCACACAUCUGUACGUCCAAAAAGGUCAAUGACCACUGCACUAAGCUAAACUAAAAGAAAAAUUAAUGUAAUCAUAUAUCUCAUUAAUAAUGAAUUCAAUUUAUUUUACAAUAAAAAAUGAGUAGUAGUCUCAAAAUGGCUCUUGGGCCGCACUUUGGACACCUGACUUCUUGCUUUUCCGCUUUUUCUGCCGAUGUGGCAUCCCAAUGUGACAUUGUUUCCCUCCAUUUGUGCAAAUUUUGACACUUUUGCACCUUCUUUUAUCAGGCUUGACAAAGAGUGGUAUGUUUUUAUUGAUUUUGCCAAAACUAAAAAUCUGCUUUUGCAAAACAUGCCGACAUAAUAUAUAUAUAAACAUAUUUCAGUCGGUUGACAUUCAACUUAAACGGGUUCCACUGUAAAUAUUAGCCCCCCAAAACAGUAUGGAAUUUUGAUGUAUUUUGCUCAUCUCCAGAAAUCAAUAAAAUCUACGUAUGUAUGUUUGGCUCAAAGGGGUUUAUGAUAAGGUUGUAAACACCACCUUGAUCUAUGGCAUUUUUACCCGCCAAAGGUCAGUGGAAUUGAUCCGGCACCAAAUCUGACUAAUAUGAGUGGAAGGUGAUAUGGCAAUGGCUGCAACAAAGUGGGAGAUUUAUCAUUUAUUUCAACAACAAACAUUUUCUUUGAGUUUCUUUGACUCGCAAAUUUGUUGAAAUCCACCAAUCAUGAUGAGAGACACUCAAAAAAAAAAAACCCAAAGAGUUUAGAUUAAUAUUACACAAUCAAGUGUUAAUAAUACAAGAUAAAUGUGUCAGUAUUGCAGGAAUAAAUACCAAUUAGUGAUAGGAAAAAAAUACAUAUUGUAAUAUUUUGUGUCAUGUUCGUAGUAUGACAGGAAUAAAAAAAAAAAUUUGUGGUGAGAGGUUUUGAAGGGGUGUGAUGGUGCGUCAUAAUCACGUAUGGUUCUAAGGCAGGUGUGGGCAAACAUUUGGACUCGUGGGCCGCAUUGAGUUAACAAAAUUGUCGGUGGGGGGGGCAGAACAUAUAUUUAACAUACACAGACACACUAUUUUAUGCUUAUAAUUUUCCUUGAAUUAUUUGUCUAAUUUUAUGUGUAAAAAUGUUAUACUCUCGGCUGUAUGUUCUCAUGUCCCUUUUUUUCAGGAACACUUUAAACAUCAGACUACAUCAAAUUAUUAAAAUUAAAUUUCAAUUGAAUUAAAUUGUUCAAAUUUAAUUUUACUUUUAAUUUUUAAUAAAAUUGUAAUUUAAUUUAAUGAU